AUGCCGACCGCUGGGCUCAAGACCAUCAUCGCCCUCUCCUUCGUUCUCGCCGUCGGAUUCCUCCUCGUCAUUCUUUCCUGCGCCCUCUGGAAGGUCUACUACCCGCUCCUCGUCGUCGCCACCUACGUGCUGGCCCCGAUCCCCAACUGGGUCUGCUCGCGAUGCACCAACCCUGAUGACUUUGGCGAGGGUUCCGGCUCAGCCGUGCUGGACCUCGGCCGCUUCUGCACCGGUUUCAUGGUGGUAAUGGGAAUUGCCCUGCCAGUCGUUCUCGCCCACGCCGAUCUCAUCCAGGUCGAGGCAAUGGUCAUGUCGAUAAUCGGUGGUCUCCUCAUUUAUGGAACCAUCAUCAGCUUCGGCAUGUUCUUUCAGGAGGAGCAGGAUUUCUGA